GCAAAGGAGAACCAAAACCCCAUUAUAGUAAUGGUAGAAGAUAAGGGAUUCUCUGUCUUGGAUAAUAGAUUUGGGUAUGACAAGAAGAGUGACACUGAUAUUAUGUAUACUAUGUAUUUUGGUGUUUCUUGUGCGUUUUUUGCACUCCAAGCACUCAUAAAACCACAUGUUGAGGUUGAAAAAUGGAGUGAAAUCCAUGACAGCAUACUCCAAGGGAGUGCACAGCUGCUUGGGUUGAUUGUGUGGAAGGUUCAGAAAGGGGUUCCGGAUGGAGAAGAAUAUAGGUCUUCAAGCUCAGGAAUGCUGAGAGAAAGAUUGAGAAUCUCAAGAAGAUGAGGCAUGAGGAUGCAAAGGCCAAUGAGAAAGUUGUGGGGAUCUUUGAUACACAGGAGCAGAGUUGGUUGCAUGAAAGACGGAAACUUCGGCAGCACAUUGGGGCUCUGAUGAAUGAGCUGAGAGUAUUUGAAAAGAAAAAGGAUGAGGUUAUCUCUGAAAUGAGCCAGAAAUUGAAGGAAAUAGAGGAUUUGCUGGAGUCCAGGGACAAAGUGAUUCAAGAAGGGGAGCAGAAGAGGAAGAAGUUGGAGGAAAAUCUUGCAAAGGCUGAAAGGGAAGCAGAAGAAUUGAGAGAAUCUGUUAAGCUUGAAGUUCAGGAACACUCCUCUGAUCUCAGGAAGCACAAAACUACCUUCAUUGAGCUGGUGUCAAACCAACGACAGCUAGAAGCGGAGCUUGGCCGCGCCAUGAAGCAGUUGGAGGCUGCAAAGCAGGAGCUCGGUUCAGUCUUGGAGAAGAAGGAGGAGUCAAAAUUGUUGGCCCAAAAAUUGUCUAUUGAGAUUGUAUUUUGGUUGAAAUUUUGCAUUUGUGUCUUUAUGCAUCCGACCUGUUCGACGAAAUGCUUCAUCCAUCUAAGGAAAUCAAGGGUGAAUUCAACUCCGGUAAAUCAACGGUGAUUAAUGCACUUCUUGGGGAAAGAUACCUGAAAGAGGGAGUUGUUCCAACUACUAAUGAGAAAGAAAUGACAAUUGUUGAUACGCCUGGAACUAAAGUGAUUCUUCAGAGGCAACAACGUCUCACAGAGGAAUUCGUACCACGCGCUAACUUGUGACACAAGAUUGCCGAUAUGCCAAGCAGGACUUAGCUGCAGUGAAUGGUAUUGUCAAUAGUGUAAAUGAUUUUGCAAUGGAUAUGGAAACCGAGAGCCUUUCUUGGAGGAGACAAACUUCUUCUUUGGUAAUUGGUAUGUUUUAAGUUCAUAAUUUUUUUGAUCAUGACAAUUUUUUUCCCUCUUAAUUGAUUUGCUAUUGGUAUGCUGUGGGAUAUUACCAGAUUGAGACUACAAAAUCACGUGCUAUGGAGCUCAUUGAAUCUACUCUACUAUUGUCAAAUCUUGAUAUUGUUGCUUCAUUUAA